CGGAAAAAUUCCCACAGCCAUCAUCGUUGGAAAAAGGCGAUUCCUUUUUUCUCUCACUUUCGGUGUACGUUAGCUUCCUCUCCACUUCUUUUCCUCUUUGCUUCUCCUCCUCUCCUUCUCUUUUAUAGUCGCAACCAAGGGGUUGAAGGAUUCGUAUGUGAGCCGGUUCUUCGCUCUGUCGAAAUGGCUUUCCUCCGAUCGUCCUCAAAUGCAUCUUCUGGGAUGGGUGUUGCUGAGGAUUGCAGGGACAUCUUCCUGGAGCUUCAAAGAAAGAAGACACAUCGAUAUGUGAUUUUCAAAAUUGAUGAGAAACAAAAGCAGGUUAUUGUGGAGAAGACUGGAGGUGCAACUGAAAGCUAUGAUGAUUUCUUGGCAUCUCUGCCUGAGAAUGAUUGUCGUUAUGCCGUCUAUGAUUUCGACUUUGUAACUGAAGAGAAUUGUCAAAAGAGCAAGAUCUUUUUCAUAGCCUGGUCUCCUUCUAUAUCCCGAAUCCGAGCUAAGAUGCUGUAUGCCACCUCCAAGGAUAGAUUCAGGAGAGAGAUGGAUGGAGUUCACUAUGAGAUUCAGGCAACUGAUCCCUCAGAGGUGGACCUUGAGAUCCUGAGAGACCGGGCACAUUAAUUUAGAGAUAUUUUGGGAUCAUGAAUUUGCCAUCAGACGUUGAAUUAGCUUUUUAUGCCCUCUGGAUAAUUGUGUUUGAGAGCUUGAGACUCUAAUACUAUAAGUGAUUGGGUUAUGCUGCUGAACAUUUCUGAAUAUAUAAAUCAAGUGUUGUCGGAAAGUGGUAUCUUUAAGUGGUUCAUCCAAACUUGUAUCGAAAGUAAUAUUUCCAAUAUCACAGAAAUUGUCUGGUCACUGUUAA